AUGUUUCACUCAGAAACUGCUAGCAAAUUACACUACAACGAAACGGCAACUGACCCCAUGGCACUCCACUGGCACGAGGAUGCCACUAGCUGCCCACAAUCCCCUUUGCCACGUCUUAUUCACCCACUCUCGGCCAGCCGACGUACCAGACUCUGCAAAGAUGUCACAUGGUCUUCAAAGCUUGACACUCAAGAGGAACAAUUUUACAUUUUGUCUCGCAGAUUGACCCAGAAUGCUAAACCAGAUGCAGUACUGGAAUGUCUGGGGGUCAGGUGGGAGCUGCAUUGCUCUGUCUUGAGCUAUUCAGACACAUUAUCUGAGCUGUAUAGCAACAGCAAAAGACAGAGGGAUGUUCAGCUACAAGAGAGAGCUGCCAUACGUAAAGACAGCAAAGUUAAUAGGUCUCAGUGUGAAAGAGGACUGGUCUACAGAAAGUGGCAUCUCAGCGGCCCUUUGAUUCUGCGACUGCCUGUCAAAGACGCCUCCAUCAAUAAAGAGGCUUUGUCUUUUGCCCUGCGGACCCUGUACGACCCAGAGGAACGCCCCAGUGAGUGGGGAGAGGCUGUGCUCUCUACUGCUGCAUUACUGGGAAUGUCAAACCUCUUCCAGAAGUGUCUUAAAGAGAUGUUGGCAAAUAUUUCAUCACUGACUGUGUGCAGCUUUAACAUAUAUACUUUUCUGUACUUCAAGUCACUUUCUGCAUACAUAAUGACUAUUAAAACACAUACAAACUGAGCAGAUGGAGUAAAUCAGCAGGAAACUAAUAAGCUUUCUGUGUCUAGACUGUUCACAUCUAAUGAGUAUGAGGUCUUGAGAGCAGUGCUGUGCUGGCUGUACCUGCAGUUAAACCCCCUCAGACAGACCCUACCAGCCCACAGCACCAUCAUCACCUUCUUCUCCAAGGAAACGGCUGUUUUCUUGGAACAGCCUCAGGGUCAAAAAUACAUCACUAUCUUUCAAGCCCUUCGUAUGCAUGGCAUUACUGAAUGGCAGCAUCUGCAGGAGCUGCAAGACAUCAGAGUUCUUCCUGAAUCCUGGCUGCUGCACAUCCUGUCCAGUCAUUACCACACUCUUUACAGCGGGGGCGACAUGGUAUUGACUGACUUCUCCAAACAAGCUAUCCGUUUUGGAAUGAUGUUUGAUAGGGAAGAAGUGUGCUGCACUCAAACCAUCAGCAUCUAUGGCUUUUACUUUCUUCUCCAAGCUGCUAAAAUGGGCGAAUCAGAUACAUACAGCUUCUCCAUUGAGAGGUUAAGACACUGGGAUCCUGCUGUGUGCCAGUCUUCCAUUGUGAGCCGUCCAUACAGUGUGCGAUCUGAUCGAUCAGUGCGCUAUCACAUCACAGUGCAAAGCUAUGCCAAUGGCGAGUGGCAAGAGCACAGCAGUGGACCUGUCAAUCAAGAGUUUGGCUUAUGCAAACGCCGCUCUAGGAGCAAGCCGUUCCAGAUUGAAGGACUUUCUUCUCCCAUCCUGGUGACCUUUGCUCUGGCAUUCCCAUUUUGAGCUUGCAUCUUGCCCCCUUUUCAUAGUAAAUAUAUUAAUGGAUUAUACAGAAUGGCAAAAUGCUUUUGUGUUUUUCUUGUUCGUGUAUGGUGGACAGUAUGUCUAAUAA